GAAUUGAUUGAAAAGCCCAUUCAGAUCAUUUUCUGAUGUUGAGUGGUUCAUACUUUGCAGUGUGCUUUAUUUUUACUUUAUUUUCCAAAGAAGAAGAAUACAGUCGAUAUAUCAACGAAAUCGGGGUAUACCACGGACAGUAAUAAUCAUUCAGAUAUGGACGCGUCAAGUCAAUAUGUUUGGAACAUUAGGUUUAUCAACGAAAUAGAAAAACGACCAGGCAUAUGGAAUGAAUCCAUUAAAUCGAGAGAUUCGCAAAAACAGCUAUGGGAAGAGCUAUCACAAGUGUUCAAUAAUAAAUCGGUUGAUUCACUGAAACGGAAAUACAAAAGUUUGAAACAGAAAUUCCACCAGCAAUUAGGCACCAUUCCGCAAACGAAUAACGAAUACGAUGUCGACCCUCGGUCGUUUGAAAGUGAUUGGCCACAUUAUGAACAGAUGCUUUUUCUAUUAAACGAAUUUGAAGCAAAAAAGAAUGAAAAAAGGAAGCCACCUAGCCCAGAAGAAGUUCCUGUUCCUAAAAAGAAACGAGUUGAAGAAAUUGUCAAAAAUUUGGUUGAAAAACAUGAUGGAGAUGAUGACAAAACUAGUGCUGAGAAGCAAACUGAGCUUGAUGUACACAAUGUUUCAAGCGAAAACAUGCUAAAAGAAGGAACUUCAACCGAAAUAAUGGUAAGACCUGACAUUCUUCCAGUGCCAUCAGCUGACGACGGUCUGUACCACUUCUUAAUGGGCCUAUACAGUAGUAUGAACGAAUUGGAUCCGAUUCGUAAAAUCAAUGUCCAGGCCCGAAUUUACGCGAUGCUUAGUCAAGAGGUGACAGCAGCCGCAAAGAAGUGAAAUGUGAACUUUAUUUUUCGUAAACGUUUUACUGCCGUUCUUAUAUUUUCUCAUGAAAUCAAUGUAUUUCUUUUCAAUAUAUGUAAAACAAUUUUACUGUAAGGGCUGAACAGAGUUUGAGAAUCACCUCUAUAGAAUUUUCCCAGCCACAUCGCAAUAAAAUGAAAAU